AUGCACCAGUCAAGUGACCAGCCUAACAUCAAGAUCAGUGUAAAAAAGAUAAAAUAUGCACUGAACUCUUAUGCUGACCUGAUGUUCCUAAUCCCACCGGGAUUCAAAGUGAAUGAUCCUUCACCUCCAAAAUUCCUUAUCUUCUUCAACAAUAUAUCAGACUUGAUCAGUGCAGCAUGCAUCUUGUGGCAUCAGUUUCCUUCCUACAAGGAAGAAGAGCUUGGAAAGCUCAUAAAGUGGUGA